AUGAAGCAGCGCGCUAAUUCUGCUGAGAAAACGCUGCAUGGCCUGGAGGAGCGUUACUCAGAGGUUACGGUUAAUUACAAGAGGAUGUGUACUCGUAAGCAUUUUGCCCAUUCUGAAGUGGCUCAGGUCGUGACUGCUCUAAACCGAGAAUGGACACGAGUGUCCCAGCUGAUUGCAGACCACCAAAAUUUGAUAUCCAAGCAGCUUUCUUUGCUAAAGUGGAGUGAAGAAGCCGGCGAUUUGGACACGUGGAUUGCGGAGCGUAGAGCUUAUCUAAAAGACUUACUCACUACUGGACAGCAGCAUGAGAUAGCUGCAAUUGCAGCUACUGGGCAACUGCAACAGCAGCUUAAAACGAGACCGGAACAAGGCGCUGCUGACCUUGUCCGAAUGCAAUUGCAUUUGCUUCAACGCCAAGAAGCUUUUGAGGUUAGUUUAAUUUAUGAGUUUUUGUGGGAUUUGUCUACAUUUUCUGAUCCCAGUGAUUUGAUUUGCUUUAAGAUAAUCAGAGCUUUGUCGCUUUUAUGGUGUUUCUAG